UUUAAUAACGAUCCUUUAGAAAAAGUUGACAAGGAGCUUUUUGAUUUAUUACAACAGGAGAACAAGAGACAAAAAGAAACUAUUAACCUUAUAGCUUCAGAGAAUUUAACAAACACAGCAGUACGUGAAUGCCUAGGAGAUAGAAUAAGCAAUAAAUAUUCUGAAGGUUAUCCUCAUAAAAGAUUUUAUGGUGGGAAUGAUUAUGUAGAUAAAAUAGAAGAAUUAUGUUAUAAAAGAGCAUUAGAAGCCUUUAAUGUUAGUGAAGAAGAAUGGGGUGUGAAUGUACAACCGUUGUCAGGUUCAGCUGCUAAUGUUCAAGCUUUAUAUGCCUUAGUAGGAGUUAAAGGUAAAAUAAUGGGUAUGCAUUUAUGUUCAGGUGGUCAUUUGACACAUGGUUUUUUUGAUGAAAAAAAAAAAGUAUCUAUUACAUCUGAUUUAUUUGAAUCAAAAUUAUAUAAAUGUAACAGCGAAGGAUAUGUUGAUUUGGAAUCUGUUAGAAACCUUGCCUUAUCCUUUAAACCUAAAGUUAUUAUAUGUGGUUAUACAAGUUAUCCUAGAGAUAUUGAUUAUAAAGGAUUUAGAGAAAUAUGUGAUGAAGUUAAUGCUUAUUUAUUUGCUGAUAUAUCUCACAUUUCAAGUUUUGUUGCAUGUAAUUUAUUAAAUAACCCAUUCACAUAUGCUGAUGUAGUUACUACUACUACACAUAAGAUAUUAAGAGGACCAAGAAGUGCACUCAUUUUUUUUAAUAAAAAAAGAAACCCAGGUAUUGAUCAAAAAAUUAAUAGUUCAGUAUUUCCAAGUUUCCAAGGGGGACCACAUAAUAACAAAAUAGCUGCUGUUGCUUGUCAGUUAAGAGAGGUUAAUACACCAUUCUUUAAAGAAUAUGCAAAACAAGUUCUUCUAAAUAGUAAAGCAUUGGCAGAAUGUUUACUUAAGAGAAAUAUUGAUCUAGUAACUAACGGAACUGAUAAUCAUCUUAUAGUUAUUGAUUUAAGAAAAUAUAAUAUAACUGGAUCAAAACUUCAAGAAACAUGUAAUGCCAUCAAUAUUGCUUUAAAUAAAAAUACAAUACCUUCAGAUGUUGAUUGUAUUUCACCUAGUGGAAUUCGUGUAGGUACCCCAGCACUUACCACUAGAGGUUGUAAAGAAAAAGACAUGGAAUUUAUUGCCGACAUGUUAUUGAAGGCUAUAGUCUUAACAGAUGAGUUACAACAAAAAUAUGGAAAAAAAUUAGUUGACUUUAAAAAAGGGCUUGUUAAUAACCCUAAAAUAGACGAACUUAAAAAGGAAGUUGUUCAAUGGGCAAGCAACUUACCAUUUGCUUAA